AUGGCCCCAACAUCUUUGAAUAACGCGUCCGAGCAGGUCCCUCAUGCCACUAAAGCUCAGUUACCUACCGGUCUCAACGGCGGCGCCACAGCUUCGAUCAUCGACCCUCAGAUACUCGUGCGGCCGAAUCUUGCGCUCUGGGUGACAAAGGAUCAUCAGAUCUACCAGAAAGAAGAGCCUUACCCCGUCUGCCCUCCUGGUCAAUGCCUCAUUCACGUCAAAGCUACCGGUAUCUGCGGCUCAGAGAUCCACUUUUGGAAGUCGGGGCGGAUUGGCGACUGCUGUGUGACCCACGACAUCAUCCUCGGCCACGAGUCGGCGGGGCAGAUCGUCGAGAUUGGCGAAGGAGUGCAGGGGUUCAGCGUUGGGGAUAGGGUAUCCAUUGAGCCAGGAGUGAGCUGCUGGGAGUGUGAGCAGUGUCUCAGAGGGAGGUACAACCUGUGUCCUAAAGUCAAGUUCUCCGGCACCCCUCCUUCCGACGGUACCAUGCGUCGCUUUGUCGCCCAUCCCGCUCGCUUCCUGCACAAAAUUCCCGAUACCAUGACCUACGCGGUCGGUGCGCUUAUCGAACCCCUCUCUGUGGCGUACAACGCGGUCACCCGUGCCUCGCCGUAUCUCGGCCAACCUGUCCUCAUUGCUGGCGCCGGUCCCAUCGGACUCGCCAUGGCCUUGUGCGCUCGCUCGGCCGGCUGCCACCCUAUCUGUAUCACCGACCUCGAGGACAAUCGUCUCGCUCAAGCUCGCAGCAUGGGCUUCCAGCAAACGCUCAAGAUUGAUCUGGGCUGGGACCGCUUUGAGACGGCCAGGCAGGUCAGGCGGGUCAUGGGGGAAGGGUGUGCGCCGAGUCUUGCGUUUGAGUGUACGGGUGCAGAGUCUUCAAUCAACUCUGCUAUCUACGCUCUGGAAGAUGGAGGCACCUUGCUCCAAGUAGGCUGCGGCAAGCCCGAUAUCGCCGUCCCCCUCAUGUCGAUGGGCUUCCGUGAGGUCAACAUCGUCACUUCCUUCCGAUACCGACUUUCCUGGCCUGUCGUCAUCAGACUCGUCAACGCUGGAAUCUUUGGGGACGUCACUGGGCUGAUCACCCAUACGUUCCCUAUCGAGCAGACCAUUGAGGCGUUUGAGACGUGUGCGGAUCGUAGCAAAUUGGCGAUUAAGGUGCAGAUCGUAGACGAGUAG